AUGUUCGAAUACGACCAGUGGUUCUACAUUGCGGACGCCGACGGCGACGGACGCGUCGGCGGCGCGGAGGCAGUGCACUUCUUCAUGCGAGCGGGUCUACCAAAGAGCGAUCUGGCGAAACUGUGGGACGCCGCGGAUAGUGCGCGGAUGGGAUUCCUGGAUCGGCGUACGUUUUCGCUGGCGUGCGUGCUCAUCGGCGCGCUGCAGCAGUACGGGACGAUCACGCGCGACGUGUUCGAGAAAGCGACGAGUGGACGCACGGAGGGCUUGCCAAAGCCGAAGCUUCAGGGAUUGGAACUGACGGAGCGGCCGCGAGAGGCUCCAGAGAUGUUCGCGUCGACGGCGACACGCGCAGAGAGUCAACCGUCCAGGGCGCAAGAACCCGCGCCGGCGUAUGAUCCGUCGAUGCAGUUCACGUCUCCUCCGCAAGAUGACUUUUUUGCCAUGGGAAGCGGACAGGAUGGAUUCUCAGCGACACCCUCGACGGCGGCCCCUCAAGCGCCGGCGUCGUUUGAGUUCCGACCGCCGCCAAGCGCGGCUUCCAACGCGCCCCUGGCGCAGAAUUUCGAGGCUCCCGCGCUUCAGCCACAUGCACCGGGCCCCGAUGUGCAGUGGCCCGUGAUUGGUCCGAGCGAUUGGCAGCGAUACCAACAGAUAUUCCUAUCACACACAAAAGGCGAUCCGGCGGCCAAGCUGACUGGUCAGCAAGUGGCGCCUAUUUUACUCGGUAUGAACGCCCCAAAACAGGUUCUCAAGGAUAUUUGGGAGGUGAGCGAUGGCGAUAAGGACGGGGGGCUGACGUGGUCGGAGUUCGUGGUGGCCGUGUAUCUCACGGAACAAGCUAGAAAGGGCAUCAUGCCACCCAAAGUACUGCCACCUGGUCAGUUUCCACCGUUCAGCCUGACCGCCGGCGCGCAGUCAGUGCCACCGGUGCAGCAGCAAACGCCGAUGUUUGCAUCGGUUCAAUCGAAUACGAUCACGACCAACGGGCUGAUAACACCUAGCAUGGUUCGCGAUGAGUUACAAACGUUGACGGGUCCUAUGUUGGCACCACCUCCGAACGAGGAAUAUUCCUAUCGAGGACCAGUGACGAACAUCUCCUCCAUGCCACAGCAGGAUCAGGAUCUGGCGCAAAAAGUGUCUAACGACGCUCAGAAGAGUGACAGGGAGCUUUGGGAUCAGGAGAUGAAAGAGAGAGCGGCGAAAAUGAGCGCGCAAGCGGCGCAAGAAGCUCUCGCCAAUCUUGCCAUGUUCGUUCGUAAGUGCGAAGCUGCGCUCAGUGAGGCGUCGUAUAGGGCGGAAGCGGCCGAAAUGCAGGUAAAAGAACUUCGGCAAAAGUAUGAUUCGAUGCAGAAUCACGUGCGUGAGCUCGCGGAAAAGAUCGAAGAGCCGAUCAAACGGAUCGAGGCAUCGAAGAAGGAGUACGACGACCUCGCGGAGCAGUUUGGAAAGCUGGAAGCUAAACACGCCGAUUUAGCGAAGAGCGCUGCCUCUGGUGCGCCAAAUGAAGCGAAGGCGGCGCAGGAGUUGGCGAGCAUGCGCGCGAGAGUCGAAGAAAAGUCAGCGCAGAUCGCGGCAGACCAAGCGCGUGCGAGCCAGUUUGAACGGCUCACCACGUCUCAACCGGUAGCGGCUCAAAAUUUCUUCGACCUCAGCGAUACCCCGGCGCCCGUGCUCUCGCCGGCUUCCGCAAACGGCAUGUUCGAUGAGUGGGGUAAGUGGGGUAAGACGGCAAACGAGGAGGUUUCGCUCGCGAAAACAAUUCAGGCACCUCCGACGCAUACAAAAUCACCAUCGGAUGUUCCCGCGGUCGCCGCCGCGCUCACGGAUGUCGGCGGUAAUUUCUUCGCGAGCAUCGACACGGAACCUGCAAGAGAGACUUCCGCAGUGGACAGUGCACCAGCGUCCUUCGACGCCUACGACGACCCGUUCGGUGCGCCUCCACCGACACCGCCCGGAGGUCCUGACCAGGACGACCCAUUUGGCGCCGCGCCUUCGCCUGGUCCAACACCUCCCGCCGUUCGAAAAUCCCUCGAGAUCGAUCCCUUCGCCUUGGGCUAG